AAUUGGCCAAAGAGAAGAACGGAUACGGUGUAAGAUUUACCACUUUUGCCAAUGUCAGUGACCCUAAUAUUUGGUACGGGAUGAAAUCUGUUGCAUGGUCUGAACCAGUAUUUGCUCGGAAAUGGGCUACAUUUUUUCUUAAACAUGGUUCUGCACCAGGGAAGGUAAAUAUGUGGAUAAUCAUUUUAAGUGCAGCCGGAGGUUUAGUCCUAUUGACUUUACUGAUCAUAAUACUGUGGAAAUGCAAAUUUUUCGAACGGAAGAAACGCUAUCGGAUACUUGAUUGGAAAGAGAGUAGAAGAAAUGAUACGGCUGUUAGCGAUAUUGUGCCGGAACAAUCUAGAGAAGCUACGAGACAGUUGUAAAUCAACACUAAUAUUAACGUCAUCUCAGACAGUUGCUUUGUUGUAAUCGUCUUACAGUGAACUAUCAAAAAUCUCAGUGGUCGGGAAUAAUUUGCUGACAAUGAAGUUCAUCUUAAAUUUAAAAAGAAAGUGUUGAUAAUACAUUCAUAAUUGAUAAAGCCCAAUGCUGAACACUUGUAUCUACUAUCUACAUGUACUAAAGAAUGAGCAAUAUAAACGCGGCUUUAUCAAUGAAAUAUUAAGUCUAUGUGAAGUGUUAACAUUAAUAUGGGUUGGUACAAACAUUUCAGACCUAGCAUGGAUAACUACAGACUACGAAACCUGUAUUCUAGAUCAACGUACACUAUAUCUAUGUAAUUUGACCUUAUAAUGUUUUGUCUUCACUCAAUUUGUACAUUUAUGUCUAUUCAAACUAACGAAGUGCCAUUCGCAUUUAUAUACGAUACAUCCCUAUUGAUUCUUCUAUGUCAGCCACAAAAACAUGUAAACUUAAGGAAUAUGCUCAAAAUCGAACUGUUCUGUAUGCUUUCCCUUUCUUCGCAACUAAGUAUCAUUUGCUGAAGGCAAAGAAUCACCGACUGAGAAUAGUUUAGAAUUAAUUUGUAUGCUUCAGUUAACAGUAAAAAAUAAAGGUAGUCAGUGAUAUGACACCGCUGACACAGGAUUACCCGUAUCUACUAACAUCCCUUUUACUUUGUCAAAUGAACAUUUCACAUAGUAACAUAAUAUGGUGCGUGUGCUUGAUUCAUUCAUAAAUUGAUUAUGUUUUAGUUUUAAUUGUGCUACAUCAAUCUUAGUUUGACUAAAGUUUGAUUUUUAAAUAAUGCCUGGAAAAUUUCAACUUAUUCCUUGUAAAACUCUGCAUCUUGCUCUUAGGAAAAUAGAUCUUGCCUGAAAAACACUCUUCAUUUUGCUUGUGAUACUUUGUAAUUAUGCCUGUGAAUAUUUGUCACUUUACUUGCGGAUACUCGGUUUGCUAAAUGUUAGUGUCUCAUAACCGCUACCGACAUGAAAAUAGGCAAUUGAGGAGGUGCCAAAUUUGUUUGAGAACACAGAAACUUAUAAGGUGAUUUAAAAUUCUUUCACAAUAUUAUGGCAUUUUUGACGAACCUGAACAAAAUGUUCUUUUACCUUUUUAUUAUUUUACUAAAGGCCUUACAUCAUUUACUUUAAAUAGGAAAUGCACAUUCUAAUUGAUAUUUUACCUUGAAACAUACAUACAUUAUGUUUAAGCGGCCUUUGGUUUUCUCUAAAGGUUAAAUUUUAUUUUCUUUAGAGAAAUUGUGUCAUAUAAGAAUUAAUGUGGAAAAUAAAUUUGCCGACAAUAAAAUACAUAAACAAUUUUAAACUUUGAUACCCUGACCCAAAAAUCAAGAGGGAUCAUUUACUGACAAAGACCAAUGCUCCUAAGAAGUUUGAAGACUAACUGCCCAUCUGUUGUUUAGUAAUUGAUCAAAAACCGUUUUUACCUACAAGAUCAAUGUGACCCUUGACCCCUUGAUCCCAAACUCAAUAAGGGUCACUUAUUGGUCAAGGACAAUGCACCUAAGCAGUUUGAUGGCCAAGGGCCAAUGUGUUGUCAAGUUAUUGUUCGGAAACCGUUUUUACCUACAAGUUCAAUUAUCACCUUGACCUUUCAUCCCUUGAACCCAAAAUCAAUAGUGGUCAUGUACUUACCAAGACCAAUGCACCUAUGCAAUUGAGGGCCAAUGGCUUGGCUCAUGAGAUAAGUUUUUGAUCGGAAACCGUUCACCUACAUAUUCAAUAUUACCUUGUCCUUUGUUCCCGUGACCCAAAAUCAAUAGAAAAUCAUCAACUUGCCAAGACCAAUGUACCUACGAAGUUUGAGGGCCAACAGAUCAUGGGUUGUCAAGUAAUUGAUCAGAAACCUUUUUUACCUACAAGGUCAAUGUGAACUUGAACUUUGACCCCUUGACCCUAAAAUCAAGAGGGUCAUCUACCGAAAGGCCCAAUGCAACUAUGCAGUUUGAUUGCCAAUAACUAAUGCUUUGUCAAGUUAAUGAUCGGUAAAUCAUUUUUAACUAUAAGGUCAAUUUGACCUUGAUAUUGGACCCCAAAACAAAUAUGGGUCAUUUACUUGCCACGUCCAAUGCACCUACGAAGUUUGAGGGCAAACUGCCUAUGCGUUGUCAAGUUAUUGAUCGGAAACCGUUUAUACCUACAAAGUCGAUGUGGAUCUUGAUCUUUGACUCAUUGACCCAAAAUCGUAAGGGAUUAUCGUCGUAAGUUUUCACCAUACAAAGUUGGAAGUUCCUAGGCCUUAGAUAGAAU